AUGUCAAGAGUUGAGGACAAUGAAAACGAAUCAUUGGAAAAUUCUUUAAAUCUUAGUACGAAACGUUUUGGUCCAAAUGAUUAUUCUGAAGGCGGUUCAAAAGUUGUUCUUCUUCUUAAACCAGCUGGUGGUGCGCCAAUGUUAAAGAGAGAAAGAUGGGCAUUACCAAAUUCAAGUACUGUAAGUGAUAUUGUAAUGUUUUUAAAAGACCAUAUGAAACUUGAUCCUCAACAGCAAUUGUUUCUUUAUGUUAAACAAUCAUUUGCACCAUCACUUGAUUCAACAAUUGGAUUAGUUAGUAAUUGUUUCGGUAGUGAUGGAAUGCUUGUUUUACAUUAUGCAUUAACACAAGCAUGGGGAUAA